AGCCCUGCCACCCAGCACUGCUUCCCGGACCGUCAGAGCUUCAGGUGGUUUCACUUUCCACUCUCCACUGAUCAGCGCAACCAUCAGAACCAGACAGACGAUAGAAGGAAGAAGAUUGUUAGCGAGAGGCUACUGCUUGGAGACAAGAGGGACACGCUAAGAUGGUUUCAGCGUGGCUUGGAAUUCUGGCCAUUGGUCUUUUGGCAUUGAGGACUCAUGCGCUGUCCACGACACUAAUGGAAGAUGUCCAACGAGCCGAUCAAGCCCUACGACCUAAGGUGAAACGCGCUCAAGAACUGCUUAUGUUCGGAAACCAGCAGAAUCGUCAAGCUGAAAAUGCACCGGGUAAUUUGUUCUCACCGACAGCUGAAAAACGAACAAUUGGCUCUUCCGGACUGGGAGACAUAAAGAACGCUUUCCCUGCGACGGAGAAGUUUAGCCGUACAAAGCCAUUAGCGAGUGCGAUGCAGGAGGGAUACCAGGAGAAGCAUUCACCAACCUACUACAAGGGUUAUCAGUACGGAAAGAUACUAGACAACCAGCUGGAAGAUAACCCGCGUAUCUGGUUGGAUGAUAACACACGCACUUGGGAUGUUUCUGCCUAUCCCCGAUAUUACAGCGUCGGUGAUGACCGUCGCAAAAGAUCCGACGGCAGCUUCUCAUCCACACCUGCAUCGACACACGCUCCGGUGCCGUCGACUUCAUCCCCCCCAGUAACCGAAAAGCCUCAACAGCCCGUUGCUCAGGCAAAACGAAGCCUUCCGAUGUACCAGGAAUCUCGCUACAAACGGGAGCUAGACCCUCAGGAUGUCCUGGCACUUUUGUCACUUUGGGAAGCUGAGCGUCGCGAAGGAAACUGGCCCGGGUACGAUACGGACGAGUACGAAAAUGGAGAUGACGAAAACAGCAUCGUUGACGUUGACGAAGAAGAUCCUAGGAAUGGCGCUGCUUGGUUAGAGGGGCCUAUUUACUCGCCGCGGCACUUUAGCGUAGGAAACGAUGCCCUCGCAUCUUCUGAUAUUGGAAUUCCCCGAUCACGGCCUACAAACUAUUAUGACCGAUACGGCAAUCAGUUCGGUCAACAGUACGGCGGUGCUCUAUAUGGUACACCUCAGUACGGAACUGGUUACACUCGAAACGAUUACACCCCGGAGAAGAGAUUUAUGGUUUCCAAGAGGAGGUCGCAGGCCUACAGACCUUACGAUGGAAGGAAAGCCAUGGUCAACCUUGCCGAACUCUUGAGGGCGGUUCCACAAAAUUAUGCCAGCUACCCCAAUGACAGAGCUGAAUCCAGCUACUACCACCGCAUUAAUUUGUAAUUUUAUCCGAACAGUAUAUAAUAAACCAUCGGGACGAACCGAUGAUUUCAGGUUCGUUUGUACGAAAAGAAAUGAUUUAUCUUGGUAUCAGGUAAACGUCUACAACUAAUACAUUGUGAAUAAAAUUUUCUGUUUCAAGCAUCAAAAUCUUGUGUAGGUACUUAUAUUACCUGUAUAUAUACAACGCGAUAUAGUUACAUACGUACCGAUUCUUUCACCCAUGGUACUUACUGUUAUAACAAUAAAGCUGACACGCUGAUUGAUCCCAUUUAUCUAAGUUAGAAAUUCGCGUUCUACGGCUAAUGGGUAAUAGGGGAUUCGUUAAUAUAAUCUUUUCAGUUUUCGAAAGUGAACCGAGAAACGGAUCAACGCGUUGUAAUAUGCAAUGAUUUAUUACUUAUGCAUUGUACACAUAUCCAGUCUGAGUAUAAUAAUUUUUAAGCGAUUAUUUUCUGAAAUCGCAUUUAAUGACAUAUUUAGUUAGUUAAUUUUAUUUUAUUUUAACGUUAGAUAAAGUGAAGUUGUCUUAUUUUCGAAGUCAAAAUGACCGGAUCGUCUCUUUACUGAAAUCGCGGUAAAGAAACAAAGAUGUAGAACCGCCUUGCUUUUAUUCAAAGUAACGCAACUGACAUAUCUAAUUACCAAAUGACCGUACUACUACACCUUCGAAACCAUGGAACUGAAAGUCUGUAUUAUAAAUACCAAAUUUGUGGAAACUGUUUACACAUGCAAGACUAUAAUAUCUACUAAUUAAUAUAACGAGAUUAACGUAUAUUUAAUCCCUGACUGUAUCGUUGUGAUCUAUGGUUAACCGAAGAUCAGCUGAAUUCUUUGACAUGCAAAGUCUUCCGAUGACCAAUUAUAAUUCAUACCAAUUGGAUGAUCGAAUGCCGGGAUGAUCGAAAUAAUUCUAGCAUCAUGAAGUUUCGCGUUAUGCACUGAAUGCUCUAUUUUGCACAAGAAGAUAUUUUCUUCAUGAAUAAUAGUUGAGGUAUAAAACCAGAACUAUUGAGAUGUACCUAAUUUUGAACAUUGAAAAACGCGAUAGGAUAUCAAAUGAACACAUGGAAAGUGUGAAAAAAUUCUGUAACUCUCAUUUCACAUGUCGCUGGCUUUAACUGUAGAUUUUGCGAAGAGGACUUGAAUUCACGGAUUAGAUUUUGGUCCAUUCGAUUGUAUCCUUCCUUUCGAACUCUAUGGCUAAUUCGUAUACAUACGUAGAUGGUAGGAAGGGAAAUUUGCAAAGCGUACUAUCUAGAUACGCCAGUUAACCAUAGGCUAAGAUUAUAUUAGUAUAGUGUACCUAAAGUAUGUUUCAAUAUGUCUUACCUGACUGCGUUUAUAGUAUUUAUGUGAAAUGGAAUUUUUUUCUAACGCUGGAAUUGGAACCACAUUGCAGGAAGAUUACGCAAUUUUUGCAAUCAAUUACGUUUAAAUAAAUGUGCUUAUAGCUAUGUGA